UCAUUACCUUAUGAAAUAUAUUCUCCAUAAUUUCUGAAGAAACAAAUUUUCUUGGAAAAGUUCUAACACUGUCAGCAUUUUUAAUUUUAGGAUCCUGAUAGUGAAAGUGUAAAAUUAUUGUUCACUAUGUCUAAAGUAGUACUUGGAAAUGAAUGUGUUCAAUCAACACACAGUACUGUUUAUGCAGAAGACAAACUAUAUCAAUAUUCACAUUCUUCACAAACAUCUCAGUGUUUAUCACUGAUAACAGUUUAAGAAAGACAAAAAACCAGUUCAGUGUUUCAUGUGUUUGAAGGAGUUUUCAGAAAAAAAGUCUUUAACAGACCAUAUGAGAAUUCAUAUCAGAGGGAAAAAAAUAUCUAUGUUCAGAAUGUCUAAAAGAGUUUUCAAGUAAAUCUGGUGUAAUAAAACACAUGAGAAUUCAUACUGGAGAGAAACCAUAUCAAUGUUCACAGUGUCCAAAAGAGUUUACCAAUAAAUCUCAUUUAGUUCAGCACAUGAGAAUUCAUACUGGAGAGAAACCAUAUCAGUGUUCAGAAUGUCUUAAAGAGUUUUCACAAAAGUCUAGUUUAGUAAAGCACAUGAGCAUUCAUUCUGGAGAAAAACCAUAUCACUGUUCAGAAUGUCUAAAAGAGUUUUCAAGAAAAUCUUAUUUAGUAGAACACAUGAGAAUUCAUACUGGAGAAAAACCACAUAAAUGUUUGGAGUGUCUAAAAGAGUUUUUAUUAAAAUCUCAUUUAGUAGAACACAUGAGAAUUCAUACUGGAGAGAAACCAUAUCAGUGUUCAGAGUGUCUAAAAGCAUUUUCAUUAAAAUCUCAUUUAGUACUACACAUGAGAAUUCAUACUGGAGAGAAACCAUAUCAGUGUUCAGAAUGUCUAAAAGAGUUUUCCAGAAAACCUUAUUUAUUACAACAUAUGAGAAUUCAUACCAAAGAGAAACCAUUUAGGUGUUCAGAAUGUCUAAAGAAGUUUUCAUAUAAAUCUAAUUUAGUAAGACACAUGAGAAUUCAUACUAGCUAGAGAUCAUCUCAGUGAUCAGUUCUUAAAGGUUUUCUCAUUAAAAUCAGAUUAAACCACAUAUAAAGCCAUAUGGGAGAGAAACCUUACCAGUGAAUGGUGUGAAUUACUUAGAAAAAGAAUGAGUUAGUCUUUCAGAUGUCUAAAUGAUUAUUUAUACAAACAUAAAUUAGUAGUACAUAUGAUUAUUCAUACAAAAGAGCUUUUAUUUCCUUGGUGUUAAUAAAUUAGCACUAGUCAUACAAGAAAUUUCUUUUCUUUGUAUCUCUUAAAUUAGCAGCAUUUA